UGCUUCUCAUCUUUUUAGAGACGGAACAGACUGCAAAAGAUCUUAAGAACCAACCGGCGACGAGUUAUCGGCGGCGGAAGAACACCCUUCCGAUACACCUGAUUUGGUUGCUUUUGAGGCGUAAACCUCCGCUUUCAACAGUGAAGAUGUUACCACAAAGGAUGAAGAAGGCUGUUACAGAUAACCCAAAGAAACUUGCAACGUUGAUCGAUCUUGUUAACUUGCCUUCAACACUUCGAGAGUUUGUUGGACAGUCCCAAAGUUCUCGACUAGGUUGUUUUCGACGUGUUUGGUCACACAUAAAAGACAACAACCUUCAGGAUCCAAAAAACAAGAACAUAAUCAAUUGUGAUGAAAAACUGAAGAGCAUUCUAUUGGGCAAAACUCAGGUGGAGCUGGCUGAACUUCCUAUGUUGAUAAAGCUGCAUUUUCCCAAGGCCCAAAACUGAUUUGAAUAACUGGUCAUCUUAAUGAAUAAUACAUCAAAAUGUAACGAAACUUAUUGUUGUUUUUUAUUUACUGCAACCAUGAUACGUUUUUGGGGGAAUAGUACAACAAACGUUCAAUUCUU